AAAAUUCGCGCCGUCUGUGCGGACAGGCGAGGCAGCGCAGCAUGGCAGCCCGCUGUGAUCGUCACCGGCACGUGUGACCACAUUCGAGCGUGUCCUCCCUUCGUUCGGUGCAGAGCGAUUCAGCGAGUUGAGACUGAGUUUGUCUGUGAGACUGGAAGCAGACGCGUUUGGUGGGACUUGCGGUCAAACUUAAAGGUCGCUGGGCUGAAAGGAAGAAAUUCCUCAAGAUGAUUCAGGAUUCGAGCGAGAUCGGAGCCUUGUCGGAUGACGAUCUUUAUCAAGCCCUUAUUGAUGCUGGAAUCUCAGCAGGACCCGUCGUCCCAAACACCAGAUCCCUGUAUGAGAAGAUACUGUCAAAGCAACUGUUUGGUGCCAUAACUGAACAUGACUCAGUAGGGGAUACUCCUGUCUUAGAGCCUCCCAAUGUCAGUCAGGAGGAGUCACUCUACUCCAUCCCCAAUGGAAGCUCCAGGGCUCCACUUCCUCACGAAGAGGACACUAUUCCCAAUGAACCCCAUGAAGAUGAAAGAAGUUUCUCUGAGUAUCAGCCUCAACGUGUGUCCUUCAAAGAAUCUGACUUGGGUAGGUAUGGAGAUGUGAUUCGACGAGGUACCAGGCCUCAGGAAAGGGUACCAGGAUCAUUGGGGAAGGAACUGUCCCAUGGGAAUGAACCUGGGAUUCCUGCAUGGCUGGACAAGAGACUAUUGGUGAAAUUCAUCCUUGUCAUUGGUCUCUUCCUUACACUCUACUUCAUGUUAAAGAAUGGUGGAGGAGGAGGAAUGUCGGAUGCACUGCGACAGGCAGCAGAGAAAGCCAAAAAGCAAGCUGGGUUGAGAAUGGCAUUCCCAGCCAGCCACAAGACCGUCUUUGUUGUGGAUCAUUCAUGGCGAUUCUUCCGAUCAUGUGGAGAUCUGAUAGAGUUAGAGUCCUUGACAAAGAAUCGAGGACCUCAGUUUAUUCCUCCCUUGGCCCCCAUCUCCAAGUCCCUAUGGACAUCUUCCCUUGAGGGCAUCCUGGAGUAUGUACGUAUCAUCUGGGACAUCUACCCUGCCUCAAAAUUGAUCCGCCUGAUAGCCAGUGACAAUGCUUCUCACAAUAUCAAUUCCUGGGACACCAAGGAGCAGAGUGUUUCUUUUCUGAUGAACAGUCUUUCAAUGCUGAGUAAUGGCAGUGCCCAGCAUUCAAGAGAAGCUUCUAUAAUGCAUGGCUUGAAGGCAGCCAUAGAGUCUUUAUGUGAGUGUUCUGCUGCUCAGCACCAGAGGCGUCUCCAUCUGCUCGAUCGAGGUUCCAAGGUCUUGAACAGGGGGAGAAUCAUCUGUUUGACCAUCUUGAAGGAGAAGAGUGAGAUUGAGACCCUGGAAUCCCAGUUCCAUGAUGCACUCAUGCAUCAGAACAAAAUUGCUGCUGGAUCUGACGUCCUAUUGCCAAUCCACCACUGUGAGCUGCUUCUUAUCAAUGUUCAUCCAAGGGGUGAUACACCAGUUGUGCAGUCACAGCCCAAAAAACAUUUGUCAGCUCUAUGCUCAAUGGAAGUGGUGAGUGUGGCUGGAGGAGCCCCCCUUGCAUCUUACCUCACAUCAGUGCUCCUUUCCCACUACCAGCUUGCUUCUACUACUGUCACUGGCAUUCCAAUGAAAGAGGAGCAGAAUGCUUCCUCAUCUGCAAACUAUGAUGUCGAACUCUUCCAUCCUGCUGCAUCUCAUGCAGCUCUUCUCACUGAGGAAGGAUCCCAUUUCCGGGCCUUGAAGGAAGGGUCUUCAUAUGAGACGGUGACGUUGAAAUGGAGUGCUCCGCGGCCGUCCUCGUCAAACGAAUUCCAUCUCUGCCUUGCCGCACAUCGAGUCACAACUGUCGAUGUCAAUAGUCGGCCCUCGACCUGCCUUACGAAUUUCCUCCUCAAUGGACGCUCAGUUUUGUUGGAGAUGUCCAAGAAGGGGGGUGGGAAGGUGAAUUCGCACAUGUUGACGUCACAUGGGGGUGAGAUCUUCAUUCACACGUUGGCCACAUCCAAGAGCAUUCUAGACGAUCCCCCAUCCAUAAGUGAAGGUGUGGGCGGACGCGUCACGGAUUACCGCAUCGCCGAAUUUGGGAACUUGAUGAAGAGGAAUCUGCUCAGUCCUCAUCUGCCCGGUACUUCGUUGCCGUAUCCGGAUGAAGACGAGACUACUCCCUUAGAGCAUGCCUGUUUGACUCUCCAGAGGCAUACCAAAUACUGGCCCAUCACCAUCUCUGGCACCUAUCUCUAUCAUCUGGGCCCUGUGAAAACUUUUCCUUAUGCUUUUGCAGGAUUAGGAGCUGCUAAGACUGACAGCUUUAUCUUGCAGCACGUGGAGAAGCUGCUCCGACUCAUAGUACUGGAAGAGCUGAACGAAUUGGAUGUGAUGGAGUGCAAGAAUGUGUUGUACGAUCUCCUUCGACUGGAGUCUAAGGGAGAACUGCUUCAGAUCCUGCCAUCUGGACCUCGAGGCAAGUCUUCUGGGAAGAGGGAGGAACAUUACAAGGCAAUGUGGAAGGAGCUGGAAGUGUUGGUGAAAGCUCAUCAAUAUUCCCCAAGUCAUGAAAGUGUACUUUCAUGUCUGUUGGAUCUCAAGAGCAAAGAUGACAGAGAGAAACCUCAAGCAGAUGUCCUCAUGUCUGAAUCUGAUUCUUCCGGUUUUAAAGAUUCCCCAAAGUCAACAAAAUCCGAGACUGUGAAGACAGAGAAUGGAGGUAGUGGAGGUGCAAAGAGAAGUCACAGUGGGGUCGAGAACCUAUCGGGAAGACGAAUCUCUUCAUCCCAGUCUGCCUCUCUCUUUGACCUCUGGAACGGACGGCUGGAAGGGGAAUUCAAGCGACGGAGGCGAGACUUUGCCGGCCAGCUUGCCUCGAAAGGGAGCAUUGCCAAACUCUAUGCCAAUCUUGAGAUGAAGAAGGAAAAGGAGAAGAAUGCUGUGAAGGAAGAACCUGGCAGAGAUUAACCUAUGGUCUGUGAUAUUCAAAAAACUUGCUGAAACUGAUCCUGUUUUUAUUUUCAAUCAUUUGAUCAAGUUUUUUGUUUUUUGAAUUAAUGAAAUUGUGGAUUGUGCUGA